AUGUCGUUUACGCAGCAACAAACCAAGACCAUGCGUCCAUGGGGUCUGGCGCGAGUCGGGGGGUCCGCCAUUGGUCGCCUGAUGAGCCGCCCAAGCCUGGACGAAGCGAAUGGCGCAUUAGCUUCUAAGGACAAGACGAUCAAACAGCUCCUGGGCCGUGUAACCAAUGCCGAAUCAGCAUCCGUCGCGUUGCAAAGUGAGCUCGACGAAUACAGAUCCUCGUUGUCUGCAUCGGAGGAGGAGAAGCGUCGCGCAGAGGCUGUGUCUACAAGCUACCAAGAACGCUUUGCCACGUUGGAGGCAGAAUACAUUCAAGAACAUGAGGGCCUGCAGGAAGCGCUGCGACAGCUGGAAGAUAUCAGAAUGCGAUUUGCAGCCGAAGAGAGCCGUGUGGCAGAUCUUGAGUCCCAUCUACAACAUGCUGAGGCCGACCUCGGUAUUGCAAGAAACGAGCUGCUCGGCCAUCGGACGUCUGCCACCAGCAAAUUGCUCGCGGUAACCGCAGAGCUUGAUGCGGAACGCACGGCGCGCUCGCAGAUAGAAACAGAGCUCACCGCAAGCCGUUCGCAAGCCGAGGAACUUGAGACUGCGCAGGCGCAAACACAACAUGAUCUCGAGGCGCGAACAGCAGAGCUCGAGCAACUGACAAUCCGCGUCGAGGCCCUCGUUUCCCAAACUGCCCUCUUGCAUGCGCAUCGAGAUCAGCUGGCAGCGAAGGUAGACGAUCUCGAAUCGCAGGCGCACAUUCGGCAGACGCUUGAACGCGACCAUGACGAGGCGCUAAGCUGCAUGCAGCAGCUCCAAGCCCGCCUGGCGCAAUCGGUCACGGCAUGGCAGCAGACAGCCGAGGAAGCUCGCAGGAUGGACGACGAGCUGCAGCAGACGCGAGAAGAAGCCGCACGGCACACGCAGAUGGCAGAUGCGCAGCUGGACGAGGCUCGCCGGCACAUUCAGAUCCUCGAGCACGAGAAGCUGGAGGCGCUGCAGCGCGUUGCAGCAAUCAGACGGACUCGGGAGGAGGUCGUUGGUCACUUCCAGCAUCAGAUUGCUAUCGGGGACGCGGAGAAGGCCGCGCUCCAGCAGACGAACGUCGCGCUCCGGCGACACAUCGACGAGCUCUCGCGCGCGCAGUCAAAGGACGGGUCGGCGGGCUGUACCAUUCAGUAG